AGAAACCCCAAGAAACGAACUAGAAAGACUAACAAAAAAUGGCCAAGUCUUUUACCCUCUUCCCAACCCUUGUGAUACUCAUCCUCUUCAUCGUGAUCAUCUCUUCACCUCAGAUCCAAGCCGGCUUCACCAAUGACCUCGACGGUCUGGAGUGGGCCACGAGCGGGGAGUCCGGCGGCUCAGGUUGCCACGGUUCAAUAGCAGAGUGUAUCGGGGCAGAGGAAGAAGAAAUGGACUCGGAGAUCAGUAGAAGAGUAUUGGCGACCACAAAAUACAUAAGCUAUCAAUCGUUAAAAAAGAACAGCGUGCCUUGUUCAAGAAGAGGUGCGUCUUAUUACAACUGUCAGAACGGAGCUCAAGCUAAUCCUUACAGUCGUGGUUGCAGCAAAAUUGCUCGUUGCAGGAGUUAAUUAGAACCCACUACGCACGUACACAAAGAAGAAAAACUAUCUAUCUUCUUCAUUUAUGUUUUCUUCAAUUUAUCCUCGUAGCUAGGUUGUAUUUGGAUUUGGAUGUGAAUAAUCUUGGGUUUUAGGAUCCUCGAAGUGUCUUCUUUAAAAAAAUUCUUGAUUUAAUCUUUAAAACAUCUUCGCAAAAUAGUAAGUAAAGACCUAUGUUUGAUUGAUUUGUAUGUGAAUAAUCAGGAUAAAGAUAGGAUCCUUGAAGACUUGGAGUGUUUGAUUUUGAAUGAAUUCUUCUAAUAUUCAUUCAUAUGCAUGUGUCUCUAUGCACAAAGUAAAGACUUAUGUUUUGAUC